UUAUGACGCUAUUAUGAUCAUAAAACAUUUCGAUUAAUUGUUCGAAAGCAUGACGCGUGUAACACAAAAUAAAGAGUAGGAGGGGAAGGAAGAGAGUAAACUAGUACAAUUUAAGGGGUGUAAAUCGUCAUGAAUUGGAGUUGUUCUUACUUGCUCCGAAGGACUCGAAUGAGAAAAAGCGAAGGAUGAAAGCGAGAUGCGAAGCUGGUGAACUUUGGGAUGGAGAAAGAUGAAGAAAUAGUGUAUCCGCGGUAUUGUCGCGCGCGCAAGAACUGAAGGAGGGAUGUGUACUCUGGGUACCACCGAUAUAUUAUAUGGGGUAUAAAUACAUGAAUCGCGCAAGCUCCAAUCAUCAUUUGUUCUCUGAAUUUUCCAAAGUCAAAACUUGACGCUGGAAGUUAUUUUUAAAUCGCGCUAGGCCGCUUGAUUUUCAGUUUAUUGUCACUGUGCAUCUUGAUUUAUAACGUGCAAUUUCUCAAGAAUAGUACUUUUUAUCAAUCGCAUACAGUAGUUGGAAUUGUUUCUGUUAUAAUUGGAGCAGGUGUAAAGUUUUAUGAUGAAUUUCCGAUGGGCAUUAUUAACUUUGACUAUUUUCGCUUGGUGGUCCCAUGCCGACGCUGGAAGAUUAGCGAGACCCGACUGCGAGAAAUUUGUUUUUCAUCCACACUGCAGAGGAACGCAAGCUAAAAAACGAGUUAUUGCAGAUCCAACUAGCAUUAACAGUAGCAUGAAAGACGGAAACACGGAGAAAUUAUGUAUUUGCAAGUACUUGACGAAAAGUGGCAAGAAAGAAUUAUUGGCUGUAACUAAAUUAUUAGAAACAAUGCUUGCUAAUGGUGUCGACGUGAACAUGCUCUAUGACACGUAUUCAAAUAUGGGACUGUUAUCAAAAGAUCAAAAUAAUAAUUUGAGAUCCACGCAUCUUACAAACCAACUGAGCAGAAGUAGUGAUAAUCUCGAUUAUAAUAAACCGGAUAUCGACUUGGAUUACUAACAUAUAACGACUAGCGAAUAAACAAUAACAAUAACGAUUAAGAUGUCAGUAUUUUACGCGAUAAUUGUAUAACUUAAUUCUAUGAACUCUGUUUGCAAUGUUAAUUUAUACAGUGCAAACGAUCUUUUAACAAAAACCAGUCAAUAUAUUUAUGAUAUAAAUUAUUUUAUGGUGAAUUAUUAACUAAAAAUUUUAAAUUCUUACAUUGUAUAUAUAUAAACUCAUGUCAAAUAUUAUUUUAUAUAUCAUUUUAAGUGCACACUAAAUCAUUUCUCAUAAAACUAAUUAUAAAUCAUUUUAUUGAAAGUUUAUUCAUUAGGAUUUUAGUUUUUA